GUCAUACAUUUGGACUUCCCGAUUCUGUCGCCGGUUUGACAAUUCUUGCGGCUGGAAUCAGCGUACCUGAAAUUAUUGCCAGUGUGAUUGUUGUCAAAAGCGGUUUAGCUAACAUGGCAAUAUGCAAUCUAAUCGGGAGUAACAUCUUCGACAUCCUGUUCUGCCUCGGAGUGCCAUGGUUCAUCAAAACCUUCUUCUUUUCGAAAACUUCCAGCCUCAUCAUUAACAGUUCUGCUCUGACGUACACAACUCUGACCCUGCUUUCAACAGUUGUGCUACUUUUUGUCACCUUCAGUUUAUCAGGGUGGAAACUCAACAGGAAAGUGGGCCUCAUGUGCCUUGUCCUCUACGUCGCAUUCUUGGUCAUUGCGUGCAUGUGCGAACUGAACGUUUUCGGAGACAUGAAUCCUCCAACGUGUGCAUCAUGAGUUAAAUUGGUGCAUUUUAGUUCAAGAUAAGUGCAGUUUGAUCCGUAAUACUUAACAGAAGUAUCUCUAGUAAGUAAAUGAGAAACUCAUGAGAUCUAAUGUUCAUUGCUUAAUGGACAGUUGAAUAUUUACUUCAUUGGAUAGACUUCUGCCAAUGGACAUCCUGCGCAAUGUGCCUGAUUUAGUACUGUAAAUUUUUAAUCUUAUUUUCAAAUAAAGAAAUGUAUGAAUAGCA